AUGAGUUUCCAAGCUGGAGGUCGUGGAUGCUUCAAUUGUGGCGAUGCCUCACAUCAGGCCCGUGACUGUCCCAAGAAGGGUACACCUACUUGCUACAAUUGUGGUGGGCAGGGUCAUGUUAGCCGCGAAUGUACAGUAGCUCCUAAGGAAAAAUCAUGCUACCGCUGCGGUGCUACCGGCCACAUCUCCCGUGAAUGCCCCCAGGCAAGCUCGGGUGAAGGCUACACUGGUACCGCUGGCGGCCAGGAGUGCUACAAAUGUGGCAGGGUCGGCCAUAUUGCUCGGAAUUGUCCACAGGGCGGGUACGGAGGUGGAUACAGCCAGGGUGGAUUCGGUGGACGUCAGCAGACAUGCUACUCAUGUGGCGGAUUCGGCCACAUGGCCCGUGACUGUACCCACGGUCAAAAGUGCUACAACUGUGGAGAAGUCGGACAUGUCUCUCGUGACUGCACUACCGAGGCCAAGGGUGAAAGAGUUUGUUAUAACUGCAAGCAGCCCGGACACGUCCAGGCAGCUUGCCCUAACUAA